GGGAUGCGUGCGUCUUGCGCCGGCCGGGCAUGCGGCCUUGGGGGACGGAUGAUGGGGAUGCGGAUGCCAUGGCAACAGGCCGAUUAGAUCCAGACCUUUAUAUGCACAUUUAUUUAUUUAAUAUUUCAUUUGCAUGCGCUGCGCACCACUGAGGACGUGCCGGCUCGACCUCUGAGUGUCGAGUCAGAAGGAGAAGUGAAUUUCAGCUUUAAACUGGACACAAUCGGCUCUGAAUAGUCUAUGAAUGAGCUGCCACCUUAAACGCUCAACAAGUUGUUUUAUUUUUUAAGGAGGCUUUUGAAUUCAUCAGAGCGCACCGUUUCACCGCGUGGAGCGGCUCCUUCUACUGAAAUAUAGAGCCUAUCCAUCUGUCCUCGGUGCCACAAGGGGCGAAAGGACACCGCCUGUAGUCUGGACACAGUGUCAUUGAAAGUCGGCAGAAGUGGGAAUAGAUGGUUGAUGAGAGAACUCGGGCGUCAGACUCUGAACACCUGACCAAGUUAAUUCCGGCAUCAGUUUUACAAAACAGCCCUGUUGUCUCUCAUCUGAGCUGUCUGAGAGCUUCAGUCACUGGCAGGCAACAUUUCGGCGCGCCUUCCAUCAUGAUGAGUGGUUUUUUCGCUCGGUUACUGAAAAUGACAACGUGCCGCGGAUUCCGUGAAAACAUGGGCUAGAUUUGGGGUAAAAUGACUUGCUUUGACUUCUUUUGUCUCCCUGUCGGUCUGUUUUUUUUGUGUGCGUGUUUCUGGUGCGUGUCAGAAUGAAUCAGUGCGCCUCGGAGUGUGAGCGCCCGUGUGUGCCUAUUAUGUGCGUCCCUUAUGUCCAUUAACAACACAUCCCUCCUGACAGAGGAUCAAGUGUCCUUGUCAUUCAUCCUCUGGUGAAUGUCCCCCACUCUGCCACCUUACCGCUCAAAUCAUCUCUUACAUAAUGAUAUAUGUAGAAAAUAGCAAAAUUGGGUGAGCUGCAUGGACAUAUAGGCUACACAGACAGGACACCGACGGCCAAUGAGCGGCGAGCUCCGUUAUCUACAAAAGACCGGGAAUCCGGUGCCAGUAUGACCGGCGUCGGAACGUUGAGGGCGGCUGAGGAGAGGAGAGGGAGGGCCUCGGGGGGAGAGCAACGUUUCAAGGACGAGGAAGGAGGAACGAUACAGAAACAUCUUUAAGGACAAAAGAGACUCUUUAAGAGAAGAGGAAAAGUGAAGCUGCUGGCGUCACACCGGCUGGGUGAAGGAUUUAAUGUCUGGAUGGAGCUUUUUCCAAGGGCACUGAGGUAAGCAUGGCCAUAUCGGCGGAGAGAGGGCGGAGGUGUGAGCUGACGGCUCCAGAGAAAUGACUAGAGAUACAGAGACCACUUCUUCUUCUUCUUCAAUUUAACAUUCAGACUGGCAUUGACAUUCUCACUAAUGUAAUCUAGACAAGUCGACUAUACACUAAACAGUAGUUUUCCUGGUUCUAUUCACCCUCCCCUCACCCUCCUCCUCCUCCCUGAGCUGGGAUGGAUGGGGUGGCUGGAGGCGUGGGUACCCCCAGUAGUGCUGGGGGGUCUGCGGGUGACAGCCUCCCCAGACGUAGCGGAGGGGACUCUAACCGGCGCAGUAAGGGCAGCCUGCCCUCCCCGGGCUACAGGCUAUCCCAGGCCUCACUGGAAGGCGAAAGGGGCUCCUUCGGGGCAGACAACACUUCCUUGGGUGGACGCGGCCGUCGCCUCUCCAUCAUGAGCUCCUCCACCAGGGACGGCCUUCCCUUCCGCACAGCAGGCACCCCAACCACCCCGGUGCCACUGCCGCCUCCGCCGCCCUCCUCCUCUGCCACAGCCCAUCCACCUCCGCGCUCUGUGGGCUUUGCCGCGUCCCGCGCCGCUCUGGCCUCCACCUCCUCCACCGGGACCGGAGUGAUGGUGGUGGCCACCGGCCUAGAGACCACCACCACCACGACCUGCAACACCACCGCAGCAGGGACCCCUGAGAUGAUGGGUCCGUCUGGAAUGGGUUUGUUUGGCAUGGGGCUGGACGGGGAGGACUACAGCACCUCCAACCAGAGCACCUUCAUCCAGAGACAGUUUGGAGCCAUGCUUCAGCCUGGGGUCAACAAGUUCAGCCUGCGCAUGUUUGGAUCCCACAAAGCUGUGGCACUGGAGCAGGAAAGACUGAAAUCAGCAGGGGCGUGGAUCAUACACCCCUACAGUGACUUCAGAUUCUACUGGGACCUGUUGAUGUUAAUGUUGAUGAUGGGGAACUUAAUCAUCCUGCCAGUGGGCAUCACUUUCUUUAGAGAUGAGAACACACCCUCGUGGAUCAUCUUCAACGUGGUCUCUGACACUCUCUUCAUGGUCGACUUGGUUCUCAACUUCAGGACUGGCAUCAUCAAGGAAGACAACACUGAGAUAUUACUGGACCCGAGGGCAAUCCGCCAGAAGUACCUGAAGACCUGGUUCUCUGUGGACUUUGUUUCAUCCAUCCCGGUGGACUACAUCUUCCUGAUGGUGGACAGUCUCGACUCAGAGGUCUACAGGACAGCCAGGGCGCUGCGCAUCGUCCGCUUCACCAAAAUCUUGAGCUUGCUUCGACUGCUCCGCUUGUCCAGACUCAUCCGUUACAUCCACCAGUGGGAAGAGAUCUUCCAUAUGACCUAUGACCUUGCCAGUGCCAUGGUGAGGAUAGUUAACCUGAUUGGCAUGAUGCUGCUGCUGUGCCACUGGGACGGCUGUCUCCAGUUCCUGGUCCCCAUGCUGCAGGACUUCCCUCCUGACUGCUGGGUUUCCAAGAACCUGAUGGUGAAUGACACAUGGGGCUGGCAGUACUCCUAUGCUCUAUUCAAAGCCAUGAGCCACAUGUUGUGUAUUGGGUACGGUGCCCAGGCUCCAGAAGGGAUGACUGAUGUGUGGCUCACCAUGCUCAGUAUGAUUGUAGGGGCCACCUGCUAUGCCAUGUUCAUCGGCCACGCCACUGCUCUCAUCCAGUCACUGGACUCCUCACGACGACAGUACCAGGAAAAGUACAAGCAGGUGGAGCAGUACAUGUCGUUCCAUAAGCUUCCUGCAGAUGUUCGGCAAAAGAUCCAUGAGUACUAUGAGCAUCGCUUCCAGGGGAAAAUGUUCGAUGAGGAGAACAUCCUGGGAGAACUCAGUGAGCCACUUAAAGAGGAGAUAGUCAGCUUUAACUGCCGCAGCCUGGUGGCUAACAUGCCGCUGUUUGCCAACGCUGAUCCCAACUUUGUGACUGCUGUGCUGACCAAGCUCCGCUUUGAAGUGUUUCAGCCUUCAGACUUCAUCAUCCGCGAGGGCACUGUUGGACGGAAGAUGUACUUCAUCCAGCAUGGACGAGUCAGUGUGCUGACCCGUGGCAACAAGGAAACCAAGCUGAGCGAUGGGUCUUACUUUGGUGAGAUCUGUUUGUUGACUCGCGGACGGAGGACAGCCAGCGUCCGUGCAGAUACAUACUGUCGUCUGUACUCUCUAAGUGUGGACAGCUUUAAUGAGGUGCUGGAGGAACACCCAAUGAUGCGGCGUGCCUUCGAAACUGUUGCUGUUGACCGAUUGGACCGUAUCGGCAGGAAGAACUCCAUGCUCCUACGGAAGUCAUCCCAGGUUGGUUCUCUGGGUGGCAGUAUGGGUCGUGGUGGAGGCCGGGGUGGAGGAGGUCCUGGAGCUGGAGGAGGCCUGGCAGCAAGUGCUCUGGGUUCCUGUGACAGCAUGCUGGUGCAGCAGAUUGUCAAACACGACAGCAUGCCGGCCAUGCAGGAUGCCAUUGCGGCUGCUGCUGCUGCAGGGAGAGGCGGAGUCAUGGGAGGAAGUGGCACGGUGUCUCCACGGCCACGCCCGGUCAUCUGGGCACCGCUGGUUCAUGCCCCCCUGCAGACUGCAGCUGCCACCAGUAAUGUAGCCAUCGCCCUCAUGCACCAGCAGCAGCAACAACAGCAGCAGCUUCAGCAGUUUCAGCAGCAGCAUGCACUUGGAGGUGCUUUCUUCCUGCCCUCCCCUCUUGUCUCUCCCUCUCCCUCCUCCUCUUUCCCUCUGUCUCCUCCUCGUGCUCCUGUGUUACAGCCUCUCCGCCCCUCUGUGAGCUCUCUCAUCGGGAUGAUGACGAUGGGAGGGAUGGGUAGUUUGUCCCCAAGAGGAGGAUUUCCUGCCUCUCCCUCGACCAUGGGCCCUCCUGGUGGAGUCACAUCACCCCCUAUUGCUAAAACUCCAUCCACACAAGCCUCCUCUGUCCAACAAGGAAGGACUCUUCAUUACAGCCUCCGCCAACAGGCUGAUCAUCCCUCAUUGAUUGCUGGAUCACUUGGAGCCCCGACAGGUGGAGGGCCACCAACUCCACCCCUUCACAAGGUCCCUGCCACCAACGCCCCUGCUGCUUCUGGUGCAACAGAUGGCAACACUUCUGUGACGGGCCAGAAGGGAGCAAAAGAAGCUCUGUUACGUCAUGGAGGAAACAGCUGUCAGGGUCUGCCAGCACUGGGAAGACUCACCCAGGAGGCCAGGCUGCUGUCGGCCUCGCAGCCCACUUUGCCUCACCGCUCCUGGGCUGGAGUGCAGCCUCACCCUCCUUUCCACCGCAAGGCCUCUGGUGGUAAUUUGCUGGCGGCUCCUUUCCUGGCAGGGCAGUUAGCCAGGGGCGGCAGUGCAGGCAUACUGACCUCUAACGCUCCAGUGCAGCUGGUGACAAAUAUGCCGUUUAAUGCACAAACACAGGCCACAGUUCCUAUUCAGCCCACUUUAGCACAUUCUGUCUCGGCAAACACAGCCACAUACACACAGUCUGCCCCUCACACUGCCUCUGUACCCACACCUACAGCUGCACACAUGCCUUCUGCAGCUUCUUUGCUAUCUUCCUCACCUCCAAAGCAGACCCCGCUCUCCUCUGCCGCUCCUUCACCUGCACCCACCCCCUUGUCUCCAACACCUAUACUCUCCCAGACACCUCGUCCUAAACUAAUCCCAAUGACCCCCUCUCGCUCCUCCUCUCCUCCUCCCUGCUCCACCCCUCCUUCAGCAGGAACUCACCACCUCUCAUCAACUCCUCGUCCCAAACCGAUCCCUACACCCUCUCCCCGCUCUUCUUCUCCCUCUCCCUCCUCCACACCACCUCCAUCUUCUGUUUCUACCCCUGUUCCACUACCUCAAACUUACGGGCCCAAGUCAUCUCUUACCUCCUCUUCUCCCCCUUCCUCCUUGUUCACUUCUUCCCCACCACAUCCCCAGAGUCCUCGAGCCAAGGCAUCCAACACACCUCCUUCUGCUUCUCCGUUGUCUGGCUCCAGUCCUGCCCCAACCCCAAUCCCUUCUCCGAUACCGACUCCCACUCAGACUACCCGCAGCCGCACUUCUACCCCCUCCCAAACUCCCACACAAACCGUCACACCUGUUACUCCUACCCAGACCCUUACCUCUACACCUUCCCCCUCUCCCAUCCCUAUCACAUCUGUCCCCUCCCUAACUAAAUCCCAGAGUCCAACACCUUGUCUCCAGCCUUCUGUCUCCAGCUCAGCCAGAGGCCCCACUUUGAGCCAGAUCCAAAAACAGGCCUCGCCUCUAACCCCAACUCAAACUGCAUCUCCUUCCCCAACACCAGCUAGCACUAGCUCUCUAACUAAAGUAACUUUCUCAGUUCAUCCUGUAAAGCAAACCCCUCCUGUCCUUACUCAAAGCCCCACUUCGGGCUCCAGUCAUUCCACCAAACCAACCCCAGCAACAGCGACCCCAUCCUCAACAACUUUAUGCUCCACUAACCCCUCCUCUCUAACUACCACCCCUUCCUCCACCAGCACCUCUCCUAGUAUCCAAUCGGCCUCUGCUCACCCUACCACAGCUGCCCCUACCCACUCCUUAAAACUCAAUACACCCUCUACCCCUGCCCAGACCUCUCAGGCAUCCACCACAACACCAACCCAGUCAGCACAUGCAGCCGCCCCUGCCAACACCAUCUCUCCUAAAGGUGGGACAAAGGACCCUCAGCUGCCACUCGCCAGAAAAGACUCAGAGGGACUAAGACACAAACUGCCCGCCAACAUGUAAGAAAGUAGAGGAAGAAAAUCUGAUAGGAUGUUGGACUUGUGUUGUGGAUGGUGCUCAUUACCAGAGCCAUGGAUAUACAGAGAUGUGUCAGAGUUGGCACCCGACAUCCAAUGAUCUCAUGAGGACAUGUACAUCUAGUUUGCAUUCACUCUAGGAUGUGAUUGUCUUAGAACAUCAGGUGUUCAUGUGACUCUCAACCAAGCCAUUGAUCGAAGAGAAAGACUUUAUGGGUCUGUGCAGUUGGUGCAGGCAAGGGUAGAGUCUAAAAAACAUCCAAAUGUAUUCAUACAUAUCUGUGUUAGUGAUUGUUGGAGCAAGCAGGGGAGCUGAAAUGGAAACAGUAUACACAGUAAAAUGAGAUGGACGCAAUAGUUGAGAGUCAUAAAAAAAGUAGUAUAUGUGAAACGUCUCCAUUUUCUUGACAAUGGAAAAAGCAAUACAUGUGAUACCUUUGAGACUCUCAUAAUGUGACAGGAAAUGACCUUGACAAUAAUAAUAAAUGUGAGAAAACAAUAAUCUUGCUGCUGUUGGGAAGAAAGUCUAUUGUGAUGUCAAUUUCAAAUCAGGCAAUAGAGCAGACACUUCCUGGUUUCCAGCUCCAACUCCCUCUUGCCUCCCAUUAUGCACCAAAGUGUAAUAUUUUCUCAUCAGAAUAUAAAUAAUUAUUAUAAGGAUAUAGAGUUUAAAAAUCACUGUAAAGUCGAUACUCACAUGAAUUUGAAUAAUUAGCAGCAGUCCAAUGGUAGUUUUGUUGUCCCAGGUGUGUGGUGUUUAGUUUUUGAACAAAGACAAAACUUUUAAACCUACAUGUUCACUCUGACAAUUUCUGUAAAUUGUGUUUUUUGUGUGACACACAAUACUGCUCUGCUGUGCACUGUGGCUCACUUGAUUUUGUUGCACCCGGCUCCCUGUACUGUAAAUACGUGCCUCUCUAUGGGUCUGUUGUUUGCUUCCUCACUCCUCAGCCUCUUAGUCUUUCAUCUCUUGUCUGUUUCGCCGCCUUUCAUCUGAUUUCACAACUCUGGUUGCUGUUUCUUUGACGGUCGCUCACAGACUCUCUCCCUUUCUCUCAGUUUGCUCGACACUUUGCUCUCUGCUGCCAUCAGCCUCAUGUUCAGUUUGCUUCUCCUUCUGUCGCCAGACGACACUGUUUCAGCACCAUUUCCAGUGAUGUUUGAUGUUUUGUGUGGGUAGCAACAAGGCAUUUCUGUCUUAACCCCUGAUACCAUGUUGCCUAGACUAUAUAUUAAAGGACCAAAUGUUUUAUUUUUUAUUUAUCACAGCUUUAGCUUUUGAAGAGAAAAAAAUAGCUAAUAAUGCUGUCACAAUGAUGAUCUUGAGUGUGGUGUUGAAAGUGAUGAUUUCGAUUAUGAUGAUGAUGAUGAUGAUGAUGAUAUUCUUGACAGCCAUGGUGGUGAUGACGACGAUGGUGUAUAUCUGGAUGUAAGAAUAAAGCAGAUUUAGAUAUCA